GUUGCCUCAACGCACCGCCCCACUCUGUUCAUUUUAUUUUUUUUUCUGAACUCUUUUAAUUUAUAAAACCAAACCAAUCCAAUCCAAUGUGUCUAUACUAGUUACAUCCCAUUUUCCAUAAUCCUCAAAUUCACCAUUUUCCAUGUCUUUCAGAGGUCUCAGCCGGCCAAAUGCUUCAUCUGGCAUGGGUGUUGAUGAUAACAGCAAAAACACCUUCAUGGAAUUGAAGCAAAAGAAGGUCCAUCGUUAUGUCAUCUUUAAGGUUGAUGAAAAGAAAAGGGAGGUUGUGGUUGAGAAGACUGGUGGUCCUGCUGAGAGUUAUGACGAUUUUGCUGCGUCUUUGCCUGAUAAUGAUUGCAGAUAUGCUGUUUUUGACUUCGAUUUUGUCACUGCUGAGAAUUGUCAAAAGAGCAAAAUCUUCUUCAUUGCAUGGUCUCCUUCAACGUCUCGAAUCCGUGCCAAGAUGCUCUAUGCCACAACUAAAGAAAGGUUUAGACGCGAGCUAGAUGGUGUCCAUUAUGAAAUCCAGGCUACCGACCCCACAGAAAUGGAUCUUGAAGUGCUGAGGGACCGAGCACACUGAUAUGUCAAUGAAGUCAUUGACGCUUUCAUCAAAAUCUACUAUGAAUUACUCCUAGUUUUAUCAGUUACAAUCUGGAUUCUGGAGGCUGAUGACGGGAUUAAGCUUUUAGCAGCUACUGAUGUAAAUUCCAGUCUGCUUGAAUGUAUUGUAUGAGCAUAUGAUUUUAUGGAUCAAGGUGUCUUGAAUACUAAAAUCCUUUGUUAUUAAUCUGAUGACUUAUGUCUUGGUAUCUGUUGAAAGUUUUAAAACUUGAAUUUAUCAAUUGUCACUUUUGAAAGUC